AUGAACGGCCCUGACCCGCAACAGCUGUAUGACAGACUUGAGGGUGUAGGUUCUGAAACUACCGCCGAUGGAGAAUCAACCCAGCCAAGUGUACUACAAUUACCUCAUUCCAUUCCUCUUUUGAUAUUAAACGAUGGUGAUACUCUUCUGUACAUCGACCCAGCUCCCAGCGCGUCGAAAUCGAACCCAAGUAUCCCUCUCCGAGUUCGCAGCUCAACCCUCCUUAGAACGUGCUCACAAUAUCUGGCCAAAUUUUUUGAGCAAUCCUAUCAGAGGAGAAUUCGACGGAAGAGAGGAUUCGUGGAUUCGUUACCCCGUGGCAUCAAAUUUCUCGUUGAUCUGACACCUGCUAUUGUGGAGGAAGAUGCUGUCAUUGCGUUGACCGAGAUUUCUUGCCCUAAAGGUAUUCGGACCUGGGCAGCAUAUCAAAAUGUAUGGAAACUUCCUGAAACAUGUGUUGGAGGUGUGGAUGAAUUGGAAAUGGCCCAGAAGCGUCAGACAUUGUUAUUUGGGGAACAGCCAGAGGAUUACUGGAAUAAGCAGGAAAAUUACUGGCACGUUGGAGGGAACGAAACCUUUGGCCAGAGAGGUCCUGAUAAUAAAAUGUUGCAAAGCCUUGUUCGGAAUGGAUUGCCUGUUGAGUAUUCCGCGUCACGUCACAGAGAUGGCAUCGAGUGGGUUCUGCAUGUCCUUGAGGGACUCAGCAUCGUACUUGAUACACCCUGCAAGAUGUGGACUUUCUUUGCUAUUGCCAACAUAUUUGAAGUCGCGACCCAUCCCGCCAUAGCUGGGUACAUUUUGUCCUGGUUUUAUGAGGAUAACAACACUCGUUUCAUUGAGAUCCACCCUGAGAUCAGUUAUCGAGUGGCUUGUGGAAUUCAGUCAAAUGUACUUUGCCGCCAUGCAUUUGCAGGUUUGGUUGGCGAUGAGGCUAUUGUUCACCUUAUUUGCUCAGCGAGUCUUCGGCCCUUUGGAAUAUGGGCACCAUCGUUCCAGAAAUCUCGAAUCCAUGACUUACUGAGUGAUAGUGACAUCCAACGCAUCGAGUACGCCAGUAAGGCAUUCACAGACGAUGUCUUGAAGCACUUCCUUCAUCUCGUGGGAACAGACAUGGUGUGGCUGGAGGAGAUACCGGAAUUCCAAAAACUCAUGUUUCAUACUUCCGAGUUCCCCAAGAUGGGAAAUUGGUCCACGACUUGCAAAGAUCCUGAACGAGUGACUGAUGCAACAUAUCCCGAGACAAAUCAUUAUUGGCAUGCAUUCCUACCGGAGGAUAUGAUAAUCAGAGUGAUGGGAAGAAGCUUUUGGAGAGAACUUACAUGCCAGAAGUUUGAGAUUCCUGAAUUCACUGUUGCCAAUUCGCACCCCAUCAAUCUCAGUCUCAUCGACAUUGGCCACGGGCUUCUCCCAUUCAAUCUUGAAGCAGAUGUGACAAUCGGGCCUGUUAAAGGAGAGUUAAUCAAAGAGAAAGUCGCAGCCUUCAACAUCAGAGCCCAAGAACGACUCAAAUAUGUGCAUGAGAGAAAAAAGAAAUCAGCUCCCGUGCAGCUCACCCAGGGUUUGAGAGGAAUUCAGCCCACAGAUUUACUCACCAUACGCCCCAGAGUUAACGCACCGAGAAGUGUUCUCCAUUCACCUGCAGAUGGUUCUGUUCCAAUUGCCUCAGAGCCAGCUCAAUUCUGCCCUCCGGAAAUAGUCCUUCCUUUACGACCAGCCAACCCUGCGAAUACUGAUUCUCACGCACAACCAUCCACCCCCGCAACCGACAUUCCCAAAGAUCCUGCAACGGGCAAUGGAACCAAGAGCGAUGAACCAUUUUUUAAUCUGCAUAACUUCACGCAGUUGGCUGGAAUUUACAUCUCAACAUACGCCAGCUCUGUUCUCUCCACACACGAGCAAGUUCCACUCGACAGACGAGCGACAGACCAUUUGACCUGUCUCACUGAUAGACAAUGGAAGUAUCUACCCCUCUGGGCUGGAGGCAAUGAUGACGGGACAGGCGGCGUGUUCAACGAUCAAGACAUCCCUAAUGUCUCCUCCAGUGAAUUUUUAGGUCCGGGACCUGCAAUUCGUACAAGUUCUGGCAGUACCCAUUCUCGCUCCGAGUCAUUCACCCACGUGGAACCCAGUGAUUACAACAGUACAGUUUGUGGAGCCUCUCGUCAUGCCACCUACUCUCAUCGCUCUGACAUUCAAUCAAUGGAUGAGCGAGAAUGGGUGACUGCGGGAGCCAGAUUUUACCAAAACGGAUACACUCAUAGACCGGGUCAAGGAUACAAGCAGGUUCUCCUUUCAGAACUGGAACAUGACAAUAUCGUCGAUUACGACUACUGUCCCAUGACAAUCACGUAUGAUGGUGCUGAUGAAUCUGGGGAUCUUCGCCCUGGGCCUACGGCUCAGAACUCUUCGAAUCAUAUCGAUGCCUCGGGAGAUGACCAUGACAUGCAAGAUUGUGAUGAUGAUUUUGAGAUUCUUUAG